CCGGCCGGCGAGCCGGUCCAGCGCGGGGGCGGGGGCGGCCUGGAUAUAAAGGGGCGGGAGGCGGGGGGCGAGGCGAGGCAGAGGGUCCCGACCACCGAGCUGUGCAGACCCCCGGGCCCCGGCCCCGCCCCCGCCGAGCUGCCCAGCGACGGCCGCAUGGUGCAGCUCAGCCCCCCGCCCAUCCCGCUGCAGCCCGCGGCCGCCGCCGCCGCCGCCGCCGCCGCCGCCGCCGCCGCCGGCCGAGCCAUGCUGUUCAGCUUCGGCCAGCCGCUGGCCGUCAUCAACAGUGGGUUUUUCGGAGAUCCGGACACCUUCCCCAUGUUCAGCAACAACAACCGAGUCAAGCGGAGACCCUCCCCCUACGAGGUGGAGAUCAAUGAUGGCCCGCACACCAAGGUGGUCCGUCGCAUCUUCACCAACACGCGCGAACGAUGGCGACAGCAGAACGUGAACGGGGCCUUCGCCGAGCUCCGCAAGCUCAUCCCCACCCACCCCCCCGACAAGAAGCUGAGCAAGAACGAGAUCCUGCGCCUGGCCAUGAAAUACAUCAAUUUCCUGGCCAAGCUGCUGAGGGACCAGGAGGAGGAGGGGAAUCAGCGCGGCAAAGGGGGAGCCAAGGAGGCCGCUCCCGGGGUGCAGGAGGACCUGCUCCAGGACAUUCUGUCUCCCAACUCGAGCUGCGGCAGCUCCCUCGAUGGGACGGGCAGCACCGACAGCUUCUCCGAAGAGGCCGAGGCGCUGGACGCCAAACACCCCCGGGGGCUUCACCCGUCCACCCUGCCGGUCGAGGGCAGCGGGCAGCGGUGACCCGUCCCGCGAACCCGCGGGGAGGGGGCGGGGAAAGAUGUGGGGGGACGGGUCCGGCCCCCAUAGGGAGCCUCCGGGACAGGAGGGAGGUUCUUGGCUGACCGGGAGGGCGGAGGGCGAUGGGGACCCCCCUCCCCGGGCCUCCCGUCCCCCCCCCCAUCCCCGCGACCCCCAAUUUCCGAGGGUCCCGGCUGGGAGGCGGCGCCCGGGCGCAGAGUCCACCCCGGACGCACAGGUACUUUCCUCCAAGAAUCCCAAAUCCCACCCGGCGCGGGCCCCGUCCUCGGGUUUUCCAGACGCUAAGCCCCCCCUUGGCCCUGCAACCCCCCAACCCUCCUCCUCUGGGGGGCCAACCGGCCCGCACUGACCCGGAGCACUGACCCUCCGUGGGGCCGGGCCCGGGCAGCGGCAGACCCUAACGGGUGGGUCGGCGUCCGGGCCCUUUGCAAACCUCGUCGGACUUCAGGUGGUGGUGAGUCGGGGUCGGGGUGUGGACUUUCGCUCCCCCACCCCCCACCCAGCAUCUUUGCGUCACUCCCACGGGAGACAAGGUACCCAGAUCCUCGCGCUGACCCCUCCGCCUCCCCCAUUCAGCUUUCGCGUCAACAUCGAAAUACCUCCUCGGGCCCGGCGUGCUCCAGGUGUUUCCUGUGAGGGGGUGACCUCCUAGGGCGGGGAAGCGAAAUGAGGCCGACCUUAACGCCUGCGUGCAUGUAUGUCCGGGCCUGUCGGCGUGCAUCCCGAGUUACACGCGCGCACACUCACACACAUGCAUCGACGUGUGCACACGCGAGGAUUUGGGUUGUACAGGAGGGGCUGGGGGCCAGACCCCGCCCCCGCCCCCCAUCCCCAUUUCCCGCAGAUCCUAUGAGCUCCCGGAUCGCCAGCGGGAAGAGCUUGGGUCUGAAGGGAAAGUUUCGGAAACUUGGAAGUUGUGCUGGACUGGUCGGUUCAGUGUUGGAACGUGGCUCCGGCCUUCCCAUCGGCACUCUUCCCGAAGGAUGGAAUGAAGCCACCUGAGGGGCUUCGAGGAAGGCCAGGGAGCUGGGUAUAAUAAUUAUGGUAUUUGUUAAGCGCUUACUACGUGCCGGGCACUGUACAAAGCGCUGGGGUGGACACAA